AUAAAAUAUUUAUAACGCGUACCUAACUCUUUUUUUAUCUACCGAUAUAAGUCUGUUUCUUAACAUAGUGUUUCUUGUUUCGAUAUAUCGCCCAGGAGUCUCCAUCUCACAUCUCUAAUCGACCAGGCUUUUGCAUAAGCUUCAUUCGCAUUGACCAAGACACAUACAUAUGGGCAGUAGCGUCAUCUUGCAGCUGGCGCGAAAGUACGGUGCAGUGAUAUUCUUUCCAACUGUUGCAGUCGGCUCCAUCUACGCAGACUGGUCCCAUACACGCGCGUGGAAACGCCAACAACUGCUAGCAGCACAGAGCGCGGCGCUGAAGAGUCAAAGCUAA